AUGAGAAAAUGCCCAGUGAAUUGGAUUCUGGCUGGGCCCUACGGAAAGUGUUAUUUGCCGGUGCACGAACCUGCGAACUACGUAGAAGCCGAGAAGCGAUGCAAGGCGAUGAAUGCGGAACUGCUCACAAUUGAUAGCAUAGAAGAGGACUAUUAUGUUCUCAAUCUACAAAUAGGCGACGGUUCGACAAUAGCCAUCCAAGGAAGC